AGAAGCGGAGUUGAAAGUUGCGGGAGCGGUGGUGAACGUGUUGUGAAUGAUUCCCCGUAUAUUUAUCCGGAAAAAAUGCAGCCUCCGCCAAGAAAGGGUAAUUAUGUGAAAUUUUUGAAAAACCUUCAUACGGAACAAAUCAACAAACUCAUACUGAAGAAUCAACAUGAAUGCGAUCUCCUCGAAGACAUCAGAACGUUCAUUGUCAAAAGAUCUUCCAUAGAAAAGUCUUAUUCUGAAGCAUUGCUUAAGAUAUCGUCUGCCUAUUUGAAUAAAAAAAUACCAAAUAUUCCUGAUAUAAAAUUGGAAGGCGGCGAAGAAAAAUGGAAUAUGUGGAAUGUGUGGAGGACAGUGUUGGAGGAAAACGAGAAAUUGGCGAGAGCGCGUCUGGCAGCCGUUGAGGUAUUUCAGCAGCAAAUUGCGGACGAUGCUAAAAUUCUCAGGGCACAUAAAAUACAAACGGCAAAGAAGUGCGUAGAUCAGUUAGCUAUAGUGCAGAAGGAAUUGCAAAUGAGCGUGCAGGACGUUGAUAAAACAAAGAAAUUUUAUUUCGAUGAAGAGCACGGAGCGCAUGAAGUUAGGGAAGAAAAUAUUAUCCCCCUCCAGCUCAAGAAGAAGAAAGGUUCAUUCUUCCAAUCGAUUACCUCGUUACAAAAGAACAGCGCCAAGUUCUCUUCGAAAAGAGAUCAAUUAGAGGAAAAAUCAACGGGCGCUAGAAAUGAUUACCUCCUGUGCCUCGCAGCUGCAAACGCACAUCAAACCAGGUAUUUCAUCGUCGAUCUGCAACUCUGCAUGACAACAAUGGAGAGCGGAGUCUAUGACAAAGUAGCGGAAUACCUUUCGCUGAUGGGGAGAACGGAACUACUCACCUGCUCUGCGAUGCAAAACUCCUUCGGCACCAUCCGAGAUCAGGCCAAACAAUUGACGAGAGAGUACAAUCUGCAGUGCUGUUAUUUGUACUACCCGGUACUGAAGCAGCACAUUCACUACGAAUUCGAACCAUGCGACCACGAUCCCGUGAACCACGUGACCGCCGAACACGAUUCCUCCGCUGCGACGUUGAGCAAAGAAGCACGCAGAUGGGCCACCAAGAUAGCGAGAGAGAACAAUAACAUAAGGGACAGCGUUAGGAAGUUACAGAUUUACAACGCCCUUCGAGAGUCCGGACAAAAAGUAGAUCCCAACGAUCAGAACGGGCCGGAUUUGGAAACGAAAAUAGAAGAACUGAAACAAGCAAUAAGAAGAGCCGAGACAUCGAAAGCAAAAGCGGAAGCUCGAAUAGAAUGUCUUCGGGGUGGAGGUAUCAUAUUAGGAAACGAUCAUCCCAGUUCCGAUUCUUUCUACGAUAGUGAUUUUGCCGAUGGAGAUGUGACAGUUCCUGUAGAAACCACACCGGACAUUAAAGAAGAUGAAAGGAGGGAAAGCCAGUCUGAUAACUAUGAAAGCUGUGAGGUCGACGCCGUGCUGGAGCAGGAAAGACAGAGAAUUGAACAACUAACCGCAGAAUGGGAUGACCCUACACAGGUAGACUGGGGAACAGAAGACUCAUUACAAGAAUCUGAAGGUCUUAUUCAACCAGAAACUACUUCUUCAGUACCUCUACUGAAGUGCACUGCCUUGUACUCCUACACGGCCCAAAAUCCUGACGAACUAACAAUCGUAGAGAACGAACAAUUGGAAGUUGUCGGAGAAGGUGACGGUGACGGUUGGUUGAGAGCACGAAAUUACAAAGGGGAAGAAGGAUACGUCCCACAGAACUAUCUCGAUGUUGAACGAGAACAAACGUCAGUCACUACACCUGGUCUUGUUACGCAAAUAUCAUUUUCUUCCGUCGAUUACACGAUAGAUAAUGAAGAAGAAAGUUUGCAACAACAAACAGAAACUACCCAAUCCCCAGAGCAAGUUUCUGUUAUUUCCAUACCACAGAAGACACCAGAAGGUUCCACGCCUUCGUACUGCAUAGCCCUGUACGACUACGAAGGAGAAGGUCAAGAAGAACUAACAUUCGAAGAAGGCCAAAUAAUAAGAAUUUUGAGCAAGUGCGCGCACAGCAUAGACGACGGUUGGUGGCAAGGCGAGCUGGAAGGACACAUAGGAAACUUCCCUUCUUUGGUCGUGGAGGAAUGUGACGAGUUUGGAGAACCUUUGACGAACGAAUGGGACGUAACCCCUCCGCCCUCUGCCCCACCCGUUUUCACACCGCCCGAUGCUCCCUUCCAUCUGGUAGACGAGCAAGCAUCAGACACCAACGGAUUAGUGUCGUCUCCGCCGCAACAGCCUCCUCCGGAACCCCCUGCGGAAGAAGGGGAUACUUCCAAGUCUGACGAAACUGCACCACGAAUAAUCGAAGAACCGCCUUCACCAGGCUUCGCGAUAUCGCUGACCAGGGACCAACAACACCACUACGGAAGUCAAUUCAGUGAAAAUUCGUCCGUACCGGAGAUCGACGUGCCGAGCGUUGAAAUUGUUGAUGAGGAUGGAAAAGAGGUAGACCAAAAUGAGGAAGCCUCUACAGACGUUUACGAUGGUUUAUGCGCAGCAUCCAUUGUCAUCACUGCAGCUACACCAAUGAUUGAAGAGGCUGAACACCCAUUUCCCCCUCCUGAAGAAUCCGCCGUGAAUCACAGAGAAAAUGCUGAAGAUAACCUGGCAGACGACGAGUCAGAAAUAGAACGUCAUAAAGAUAUAUCUGAAAUGGAAGAAACCAGAGUGGAUCCAAUAGAAGAUUUGGAAGAACCUAUAGAAGACCAUCAUGUAGACACUCCGUUUGUGGUUAGCAGCAGUACAGGCAGCGAUGGUGAGACAACAGGUCCCAGCACUGCAGAGAAUUCUGUGAGUCAAGCCCCUCCACCCUUAGAUAGUGAACCGAAACAAGUAGUAGGAGGUCGGGCUAGUAUUCCAGACGAACUGGAACCGCAUCAAUUAGCUCGUCUUCAAGAUUUGAAGGAAUCCAACGCCUAGACAACUAUUUUAUGUUUAUUACGGUUUCUGAAAGUUUAUCACUCCAUUCCAGGAAGUCAUAGAUUAUGUAUGCUUCAUAUAUUAAACGCAAAUCGGGAAUGAUCUAAAAUAUUGGAUUUGGACAUGAUGAAUCGCGCGAGUAUUUGUACCUUGUUUGUGAAAUAUUUGAUGAUGUUUUCUAAUUUAGAGUUGUGGAACGUCUUUAGAGUCUUUCGUUUUCCCAACCGAAAUGAACUGAUGGCAAGCCUCUAAAUUGUUCUAGAAGAAAAUGUACUUGCUUCAAAUCCAUGACGUAUUAUUCUCAUGACAAGUUUGAACGAACAAAGCUUCUUUGAAAAUAUUCUAGAAUUAUGAAGUUCUGCACUUGAAAUCUUAUGAAUUAGACAACUGAGUAUUUUGUACCCAUGAUUAUUAAAAUGUCAACUAUGAAAAGUAAAGUAAGAUUUAACGACUGAUUAUUUAUACUCGUUAAAGAAUCAGCUUGCUGUAUUAAGCAUAUUUUAUACCGAUUGGAUACAUUUUCAGCAAUUUAGAUGUUUUUGUCUCGACCUCUCAGAUGUUUGAAAAUCUAUAACCGUUAGUUGGCAUCACCUUCACUGAAAAAAUAACGGAAUUAAUAGGUGUAUGUAGUUGAUUCUACAUAGAGGUAGAGUAUGAUUGAUUAUAGACUGAUGGUAGAUGCAAUAAUCAAUAACAUCCUAUUCAUGCAGUGUGUAAAAGAAAUGGAGUGGGGCUACUCAUCCUGCGAGAAAAUUUGUAGUGUUUUUUAAUUUAUGAAGAUUUUUAGUAACGGUUUUAUUUGUCAUAGAAGCACUAGUGUUGAUGGAAACAUCAGGUUUGAAUGAUUUAAAGUAACGAUCAAACACAUCAACGUUUCAAAAGGAAUGCAUUUAUGAGGUUAUAUUUCAUUCACAAAGUACUACCACUACUACUACAUGAAAUAUUUGGUUUCUAUAACGAAAAAAGUGUUCAGUUCUUGAAAAAUACCACAAAUUUUUUCUCCUACCCACUGCAUCUUUAAUGCAUUUGCAGUAUUACUUUCAAUUUUUUAUUAAACCUUGUGUAGAAAUGUUGAUACUUAAGUUUGAUAUUAUGUGUGAAUUUUUCCUAGGUACAUCCUGUAUAUUUUUGUCUCUCGUAUGUAGCAAUAAGUCAGUUUCCAUUUGUAAAUAUAUGUUCAUGCAAAUAAGUUUAAGUAUGCGCGAAUAUUAAGUCAAAUAUGGUUUCAUUUGCGUCAGCUGGUGGAUAUAUAUGAUUGGAAGUGGAAAUUGUGUUUUGAUUUCAUAAGAAUCACUUUCUGGGACCAUUGAAAACUGAUAAAGUUAUUCAUGUCAUGAGUCAGGUCUUUAGAAACCCAUGGACACGAUAUAACAUCUGCAAAAAUUUUGUGAGUCAAGAAGUGAACCUUUCUAAAUCUAAUUUUUUUAAAACACCACUUUAUUUCGUUGUUUUCAAAUAUGAAUUCAAAAUUGAAUACAGUUUUGUGCAUUUAUUUUUGUAGAUACAAAGAAAAAUAUUGCAGUUCAUUUUUUGAUAAAAGUAAAUAUAAUUUGUACAGGGUGUAUCCAAAAUGAUGUAAUUAGUUUGGGGCGGCGAUUUGUCAUAUUUUAUGAAAAAUAAAAAUCAUAUGAACGUG